AUGGGUAUUGCAGAUGAUUACAAGCCUGCAAUGGCUAUGGUGGGCUUACAAUUUUCUUAUGCAAUUGUUGCUCUUACCACCAGAGCUGCCCUACUGCAAGGAAUGAGUCCCAGGGUAUUUGUAGUUUACAGGCAAGCCAUAGCAACUUUGGUUAUAGCACCCGUUGCUUAUUUCUCAAGGAGAAAGUCCAGUAGGUGUUCUUUGAGUUUGAGGAGCUUCUCUUGGAUAUUUUUGGCCGCUCUUAUUGGUGUAGCAAUCAACCAGAACAUUUAUUUUGAGGGUAUGUACUUAGUAUCAUCAUCCAUGGCAAGUGCAAUGGGCAAUCUUGUUCCCGCAAUCACCUUUGUACUUGCAUCUAUUAUUGGAUUGGAGAGGAUCGAGCUUGGAAGCUUGAGAAGUAUUGCAAAGAUAGCAGGGACAAUCUUGUGUGUCGGUGGAGCAGUGUCCAUGGCAUUGCUUAGGGGCCCAAAGCUACUCAACGCUGAAUUAAUGUUGCCGGCAAAUGCUGUCUUUGGUUCAGGAGUUGAGAAUUGGUUGCUGGGUUGUCUUCUUCUCUUUGGAAGCUGUUGUUGCUGGUCUUUAUGGCUGAUUUUGCAGGUUCCAGCUUCAGAAAGCUGCCCUGAUCUCUUAUCUUUAUCAGCUUGGAUGUGCUUCUUGGCCACAUUGCAAUCAGCAAUGCUUACAGUUUUUACAGAGCCAGAGCCAGAAGCAUGGCACAUACAUUCAAAUCUUGAACUUUCUUGUUGUUUAUUUUCGGGAAUUAUAGGAUCUGGGCUUUCCUUCUUUGUUCAAGCAUGGUGCAUAUCACAAAAGGGUCCUCUUUUUUCUGCAAUGUUCAAUCCUCUAUGCACAGUUGUUGUGACCAUAUUGGCUGCUAUCUUUCUUCAUGAGGAGAUCUAUACCGGAAGCUUGAUAGGUGCCAUUGGUGUGAUUGCUGGUUUAUAUGUUGUGCUAUGGGGUAAAGCCAAAGACCUUGUAGAAAUCAAGGGAGAGAAAAAGCUCCAAAAUGAUGAGGCCAUGGCGAGGAAUGUGAACAUCUUGAUGGAUGAUUCUUCAGAGAAAACAAGUUGUGAACAUGAUUUGGAGGAACCCCUUUUGACUGAUAAAUCAAUAUCAAAUGGUGAUGCACGCGAGGAAUGUGAACAUCUUGAUCGAUGA